UUCCACAUUUACAUCAACCGCUGUUGUCGUUAAAAAUUGGAGAAGAUAAAUAAUGUAGGCACAUUGGAUUAUGUAGCCCUAGAUACACAGUGUUUUAAAAUAAGAGGUGGUGGUUAUAGCUAAGACGUCUUAUUGAACCUAUGGGUCUGCUUGUUCAGGAUUGAAGGGAGUUUAAAGUACAUCAACAUCAGGAGCAGAAUUCCAGCUUUUGAAAAUUCAGAAAGACGAAAGAAAUUUCUAAAGUAUCAGUAUGGCAACACCAUAUCGAUUACCCCCCAAUUACAUGAGACAGCAAGGCAAUUCUGGCAGACACUUUGUUGGACGACAUGAUGAGAGGGAAAAACUGAAGAUCUUGAUCAAGGAUGAAGAUACUCAAAUAAUACAAGUUUAUGGACUGCCUUAUGUUGGCAAAACAAGUCUUGUGAAAACUGUCUGUCAAGAAUUGAAGGAUGAAACCAACCCCGAAAGACUCCACAUAAAACACAUCCAUAUUUCUAAUAAUAGCAGUUGGUCUGAUAUUUCCAACAUGUACAAUACAUUCACCAAUUGUUGUAGUAUCACCAAUACGAAAUGGACAAUUUGUAUUUUUGAUGAUUUCCAGAACAUUCAAGAAAGCUUCCUUCCAGGUUUCCAGGAGCUUUGCGACAAUGACUUUCCACUGCACCCAAAUCUAAAAAUCAUUCUCAUAUUAGUGGUGGAGAACCAUUUCAGUUUGAUGGAAUCAGGUUUGGAAAGUGUAAAGUGAGUCCAUUGUCCAUUAAAGAUGCCCAGCUUCUUUUCGGUCGCUGUUCAGACAUUGAGACGGAUGAUGAGAACAAAGAACAAAUACACAACAUCAUCAGAUAUGCCUGUGGCCUGCCAGGACUUCUUAUUUACUUUGCAGAAAAAAUCUCCCAGUUUCGUCAUAAUUUCUCUUUUAAUGAUAUCUACAAAAUGAUUUGUGAUGAAACCAAGCUCAAUGACUGGCUGGACGAAUGUACAAUUAACAGACGUAAUAUUAAGCAAGAAAUGGACAAGUACUUUUCUCAACUCUCUCACGAACAGCAAGAUGCUAUCAAAGUGCUUUCAUAUUUUCCUGGA